GGGCGCCCAGGAUGCCGCCGCCGCCGCCGCCGCCACGGGACGGGUUCGGGUCCCGGUCGAGCUCCGAGGGCGCAGAGAGAAGGGCGGCCCGGGGCGCGGCGGCUGCAGCGAGAGUGCACUGAACGCCUGCCCGCCAUGUCCAGAAAGAAGAACCCCAAGAGCAAGGGGGCCCCCGCGCCCGCUACCUCAGCGCUUCCCGCCUCCAAUGGGCCCCGGCCGGCGCACCCCGGGACUGCAUUCCCUGGCCUCCAGGCGCCACACAACGGGCCCCCGCAGCCCAGCCGGACCUUGCUUGGUGGCGGCGGCGACUUCUACGACGUUGCCUUCAAGGUCAUGCUGGUGGGGGACUCGGGCGUGGGAAAGACCUGCCUGCUCGUGCGCUUCAAGGAUGGGGCUUUCCUGGCGGGGACCUUCAUCUCCACCGUGGGCAUCGACUUCCGGAACAAAGUUCUGGACGUGGAUGGCAUGAAGGUGAAGCUGCAGAUCUGGGACACAGCUGGCCAGGAGCGGUUCCGCAGUGUCACCCACGCCUACUACCGCGACGCUCAUGCACUGCUGCUGCUCUAUGAUGUCACCAACAAGGCCUCCUUUGACAACAUCCAGGCUUGGCUGACGGAGAUCCAGGAGUAUGCCCAGCACAACGUGGUGCUCAUGCUGCUAGGGAACAAGGUGGACUCUACCCAGGAGCGUGUGGUGAAGAGGGAGGACGGGGAGAAGCUGGCCAAGCUGUUUGCAGGAGUAUGGGCUGCCUUUCAUGGAGACCAGCGCCAAGACAGGCCUCAACGUGGACCUGGCCUUCACAGCCAUAGCCAAGGAGUUGAAACAGCGCUCCAUGAAGGCCCCCAGCGAGCCCCGCUUCCAGCUGCACGACUAUGUCAAGAGGGAGGUCCGUGGGGCCUCCUGCUGCAGAUCCUGAAACUGGCUGGGCACAGCCACCAGGGUUCCUGCUGUUGAGGCCCAGGCUCAGCCCAGCCCCUGCAAGUCUGGUCUACAGGUCUCUCGGGCAUGUCACCCGGUGGUCAAUCCCAGGGUGCCCAUUUCCAGGACUCCCAGGCUGAGCCUUGCCCUUCUCUUGUCCUGGUGACAAUCUAUAGCCUCAGUCCUAACAAACGGGUUUCAGGGAACCAGUGAGUCUGUGGCCCCCAGUUCACCUGCACCUGCCUGAGUGCAUUCUGUACAGAAAGGGGCACCCUGCAAUGUCCAGCCUGGGAUGUCGGGUCCCCUGCUCACCACGGCCCUCUGCUGCCCCCUCCUGGAUAAGCUCAGCUUUGAGGCGAAGCUGCAGUGACCCCACGUGUGCAGUGCCUAACCCCUUAGAAAGCCAUGUCUUCAGCUCCACAUGCUGCCCAGGCAGGGAAUGGCAGGACUCGUGCCCAUGCCUGGGGUAGUGGGCUUCACCAAUAAUCACAUGCGUUUGUGCCAAGAUCCAGGGCUGCGUGUUCCCAGCCCACCAACGAAGAGGCUCUGGCUCAACCACCAGGGUCUUCCCCUCAUGUUUCCUUGAAGGAUGCCGAGACUGGCUUUGUAAUACAGGGGAUACCAUGUGGCAAAUCACAGAAAUGUCAGCGAAACGAGGACUACCAGCCCUUGCCUGCUGACCAGGGUACCAUCUUGGCAGGCCGCGGUAUCGGGCAUGGCUUGCCCACAGCUGAGGCCUGUGCUUGGCGAGGUCAACCUAAAAAGGCCGGCAGUACCCUCUACCUUAUACUAAAAUCUUCAAGUCUGUUGAUGAAGAGUCUUUGUUUUCAAUCUUAGUGAAUAAAGUUGUGUUUU